AUGUCCGACGAAGGCCAAGAUAAUGGAGCCAACCGGAAUGGUUCGGUGCCCGAAAUAGAACUGAUCAUUAAGGCAUCCACAAUCGAUGGCAGAAGGAAGGGAGCUUGCCUAUUUUGCCAAGAGUACUUUAUGGAUCUCUAUCUGCUGGCGGAGUUAAAGACGAUCAGCCUGAAGGUGACGACAGUGUGUAUGCAGAAACCUCCACCAGACUUUCGCACUAACUUCGAGGCCACACAUCCUCCGAUUCUCAUAGACAAUGGGUUAGCCAUACUUGAGAAUGAGAAGAUAGAGCGCCAUAUAAUGAAAUCGGUGCCAGGUGGAUAUAAUCUUUUUGUACAGGACAAAGAGGUAGCCACAUUGAUAGAAAAUUUGUACUCCAAGCUAAAGUUGAUGCUGGUGAAAAAGGACGAGAACAAGAAUAACUCGCUGUUGGUUCACUUGAAAAAGAUUAAUGAUCACCUGGCAGCCAGAGGCACCCGCUUCCUUACUGGUGACACGAUGUGCUGUUUCGAUUGCGAGCUGAUGCCGCGGCUGCAGCAUAUCAGAGUGGCUGGAAAAUAUUUUGUUGAUUUCGAUAUACCAAAACAUUUAACUGCGUUAUGGCGAUACAUGUACCAUAUGUAUCAGUUAGAUGCAUUUACGCAGUCUUGCCCCGCUGAUCAGGAUAUUAUAAAUCAUUACAAAUUGCAACAGGCAAAAGGUGACAUUAAGAUGUUGAAAAUGAAAAAACACGAAGAACUGGAGACGCCAACAUUCACCACAUCAAUCCCCGUUGAUUUGAAUGAGCAGUAA